GAAGAUGAGAGAUUGAUGGAUAGCGGAUCGUUCUGCUUUAAACGAUGAUUUUGUCUAUGUUUACGGAUUAAUCACGAUGGAAUAGAUGAUUUCGCGCUGUGGCCCUGUUGAUAGCAACUCGUGGCAUAUUAUUGUAUCGUCAUGGAAACUAUCACCUCGAUCCCAUCCUGGCUGCCACUGUGUGCAAUUUUAUGUGUGCAGUAUUUGGGAGAAGCCAGUCAGAUAUCAGCCAAUAUAGAUAUGCCAUGUAACAGUGGACAGGAGUAUGUCCUAGGCCUCGGGGACUAUCUGUCGGUGGGUGCCAGGGGGAACCAGUUCUUCCUGGGAUCAUGUGCAAUUGGUAUCACUGCCAGAGACAAAAAUUUCAAGUGUAACAAAAUUUGUUUCUCAAUGGAUUCCUUUCGUUUCACAACCUGUGACAUCAUGCUGAGUUUCUACGACUCUGGAGUGUGGAAUUUCGGAACAGCAAAACCGGAUUUUAGUGGUACAUGCCGGGCACCUGCACGUGGCGACUGGUGUACCAGUGGUACCACUGCAGUGGUGAGGUUAGAGAAUCUCCGUGGAAACUUGGCGCGGAUGGUGGGGAAGUAUGAGCUUCAGAUGACUGCUAGUGCCCGGUGUUCUCAGGAGAAAGCAGACAUAGAGUUCAUAGAGACUGAUGGGGAGACAACCUCAGGUGGACUGAGUAUGACAGUAAUGGUUGGGCUAGUACUUGGAUGUAUCAUACUUUGUCUCCUAAUGGCCGUUAUACUGCUGGCUGUUAUGUACAGGAAAAAACAUCAGCACCAGACAUACCAUCAGGCAGCAACCACGAUCUCCAACACACCCAUCUCCCCAGAUACAUCGUACCGCCCUGUACAGGAGACCUGUGGGGUCAUUGACCAAGUGGAUGAUGACUGUACGCCCGCGUUGAUCAAAGAUAAAUAUAACUGUGGCGUGGAACGUACGCCUUCACAUCCUCGACUUCCUACAGCGCCACCUGUUGAUGAUUGUUAUUCAGAUUUACGGCCACCUAGUUAUAGCUACUGUGUAGCUCCCCCUGAUUAUAACGGAACUCCAGCGGACAAUACGGUAUCAAAGGAGGACAACCCACUCUGAUAUAUGGAGGAGAUUUAUUUCAAGGAUGAGUGACUUUAACAUUCAAUCAUGCAUAUCAUGCUUGGAGAGUGAUUUCCCCUUUUGAUUGAAUGGUCUCCAAAAGAGGUCUCCCUUAGCCUCUUCUAACCAUCUGCAACAGUUAGUGCAAUUGGUUAAUUCAGUAAAAUGGACCAAUCAAAAGCCAUCUCUCUUCAAUGUAUCCAUUGAUAUGAUUGGUCACACUGCUGUGAAGUGGACCAAUCAAAUACUUAGUACGACCAUUUAAAAAUGUGAGUGAUAAUUUCCAGUAUAUUUGAAUCAAAUAAGAUUUUAGAUUACUGCAGAAGAUGAAACCCUUCAACAUUUUGUGUAUAUUUGUGUAACAUUUCUAGUGAGAGCUAUGUACUAGGUCCACAACAAUGAAAGAAAUGCAUAAUCAAUGUGUUGUGGAUAUAUGACAUACAUGUAACUGUGAAUUUGAACUUUUCAUAUGUUCUGCAAACCAUUCCUCAACUGUGUUUCAAGGGAGGUAACUCAUUUUAGUUUCUGUAGGUUCAUGGUAAAAGAUAUCCUAUGUGGUACUCUUUAGAUAAUGAAAAGUGAAAUACUUGUGUCUAAAAAGUUUACAGUUGUAUGUGAAGCAGUUUUUUUUUGUUUUUUUGUUUUGUUAUUUUUUAGUUAUAUGUAUUAAAACUUGUCUUGUCAUUUUUUGUAAAAUUCAGAAAUUCUUAGAGAUCUGCCAUUUUAUUUGCAUAGCAGAAUGCUUUCAUCACAUUCUAGGAUUACACUUUUUUAGAAUGUUGCGAAAGACAUUUAUUUUAACCACUUAUAUUAUUACAAUUAUCUAUCACAGUAUCGGAAUAUAUUUUUUCUGUAUUAUAGGAAUUGUUGGAAGCAAAUAGGGCCUACCGGGUAACUAGUGUUGUCAAACACAUUUCAGGACUUGUUUUUUUUUUUUUUUUUAAAUCAGGUUAUCUCAGUAGAAUCUUGGACUUCGUUUCUUUAGAUAAAAAAACAAAACUGAUAUAAUCAAAAUUAGAAGAAAACUAGAAAAUAAUGUUGAUCAAAGGGAAAAAGAAGAGUAGGCAGAUCCGUCAGUCACUCAUUUUAUACCUUAUUCACAUGGUACCUCUCCAUGGAAUUCUCCCCAAAAAAAAGGAAAGUACAUGUACAUACUUAUGUAAUCUCAAAAAUUAAUUCUUUGUAUUAAAUUAUGUUUUUUUAAAGGCACAGAGGACAAAUUGCAACUGUGUUUUUUUGGUGUAUUUUUUUUGUUUUAUAUAUAUUUUCCUUUUGAUAAUUCAUUUAU